GCCAGUUCGUAUUUCUCGGCGAUCAGCGUAAGCAACGUAAAAUGAGCCAGCGGGGGUUCCUCGGACUUCCACCAUACUAAGAAAAAUGACCGUCGGAUACCGUCGUUUAAUAUCAGCAACAGAGGGUUUCCUUUCAUCAACUUCAAGGAGAAGCUCGUCCACACUUUCUGCGUCUAAGACAAAGCAUGCUGUGCCUACAGAAUCCUGCAACACAUCGUCAACAGCAGCAGACCCUGCACAAUUAGAUCAAACCCUGACCCUCUCUGACGGCCGCACCCUCGGUUUCGCCGAAUACGGUUCCCCACAAGGAAGACCACUUCUCUACUUCCAUGGCUUACCCGCAUGUCGUUAUGAGAUCGACUUCCACGAGCUGGGCCUGCGACAUGGUGCCCGAAUCUUCGCCCUUGACCGACCUGGAAUGGGGCUGUCAACGUUUCAACCAAACCGACAACUCCUUGACUGGCCCGCCGACGUCAAAGAGUUCACGGGUAAACUGGGUCUAGAUCAGUACCGAGUCCUUGGUGGCUCCGGUGGAGGACCUUACUCACUUGUGUGUGCAAAGGCCCUAGCCAAGGAGAACCUGAAGGGCGUAGGUGUACUCGUCGGAUUUGCGCCCCUUGAGGCCGGCAGGCAGGGUAUGUCUCUUCGUUCACGCGUCCUGUGGAACCUGGGGAGGUGGUUCUCCGGUCUGGGGCGACUGUACACUGAUUGGACUAUUGUACCGGCUGCUCACCACCCAGACCCAAAGGUUCUGGAGGAGCUGCUAGCGCAAACGGUUAAGAACAAUUUCAACAAAACGGACUCUGUCGUCUUCGAGGAUGAGAAAAUCCUCAAACAUGCAGCUAAGAUUGUACGAGAGAGUUUUCGACAGGGGUCUCAGGGGUAUGUCCAGGAGUGUAGGAUUCUUACAAGGCCAUGGGGCUUUGGCUUACGGGAGAUUGAUUUCCCUGGGGUUCGUUUAUGGUCUGGCGACAAGGACCGAAAUACUCCCGUUGAAAUGGCUCGAUGGAUGGCGGAUAGACUCGAGGGAUCGGUCUUGACUGAGUGGAAGGGCUACAGUCAUUUUACCUUUACUGAUGAUCACACUGAAGAGGUUGUGAGAGGCAUGCUGGAAAGAUGAAUACAAUGUGAAAUACGAUAUUCGAUGUAUAGUAUGGCUGUCACUUGUAGAAUCUCU